UCGCCCGGUAUUUCCAUCACCCCCGAAGUUGAACCCUAGCGAAGCGAAGCAAAGCAAGCCCGACUGCCGCCGGCGAGUUACUGAGAGCCGGUCGUCGCUCGCUGCCUCUCUCCCAAUUCUCAAGCCUUGCCUGUCGUCGCCGGCCGCCGCCAAGUGGUCGGGCAAAAGGGGGGGGUUGGGUUGUUGAUCUUGGUUUCGAUGAUCGAUUUUUGGGAGCAGUCGAGCUGUAUUGUCCUGAAUUAGAUACCAUGGUGGGAUGGCAAAGGUGCCUACGUUCUGUUCUUCGCCAGGUCAAUACCAUGAUGGAGCGCAAUGGCCGUUCAUCUGCCAUUGGGUAUGAUGCUUGCACUAAGCUCUAUUCACCAGGCCAAUUUGCACAUCCAUGGAUAGUUUCUGAUAUUUCUUCCUCAAGAAUUGGAAGGCCUUCCUAUCAAUAUUUGCAACAUUUGCAAAUUUCCAGUUCGAGGAAACUGUUUGCGGAAGAAGAUGCAAACAUUGUACCUAUUUCAUCCCCUUUGACACCUCUUAUGGGGGAUCCUAUGAAGACUGGAAAAAAUGAUGCACUAUCAAAACCAUUGAGGGUUCAAGCUAUUAAGAAAGAUAUAAGACAGAGUCCCAAGAAGGUUAAUCUGGUUGCUAAACUAGUACGUGGAAUGCGUGUUGAAGAUGCUCUGUUGCAACUGCAAGUAACUGUCAAACGAGCUGCAAAGACCGUCUAUCAGGUGAUACAUUCAGCCCGAGCUAAUGCAGCUCAUAAUCAUGGACUGGACCCAGAUCGUCUUCUUGUUGACGAAGCCUUCGUCGGGAAGGGUGUGCAUCUGAAGCGGAUAUCCUACCAUGCUAAAGGGAGGAGUGGGAUCAUGGUGAGACCUAAAUGUCGCCUGACGGUGGUGGUGAGAGAAACCACCCCAGAAGAGGAGGCGAAGAUAGCCAAGCUGCGGGUUAGCAACUUCAAGAAGCUGACGAGGCGGGAGAGGCAGCUCUUCCCUCAUCAGCUCAUCGAGACCACUCCCAGGUGGGGCAGAAAGCGGGAAGCGGCUGCACCGGUGUAAUGUAUCCUUCUCUGCACGGUGCUCAGGAAAGAGAUUGGAUUCAUCUGCUUUAUUGUUGAGGUCCGUCUCAAAAAACACAUCUGCAAGUAACUUGGAGCUGCCGAAGAAUAAAUGUUGAAGUCUUUCGCUGCUUGAGUUGGGACAGGAAAAGUGCAAAGCACACAUGACUUCAUGUAAACAUGCCAAGGAUGUUUGUGAGUAUUUAACUCCUUUGUUCUUUUCAGAUUA